AUGGCUGAGAGACAGCCGGGCACGCUUCCAAGUAACACAGAGUCUAAUCCAAGGGAGCAUGCCAAAGCAAUUACUCUGAGAUCAGGUAAGGAACUUCCUAGUCCAUCUAUGCCUUUUACUAAUGAUGAUUCUGAUGUGCUGGUGGAUGAAUCAAAAGAGGAAGACAAGCCUGAGGAGAAAGGAAAGGAAGCAGUUGAAGAGAAGGAGGAUUCGAAGAAGAUCCCCUUGAGGCCAUACCAACCUCCCAUUCCAUAUCCUGCAAAACUCAAGCAAGAUAAAGUUGAUCAGCAAUUCGAUGCCAAAGUAUGCGAAGUUUUUAAAGGAGAUUCUAAGCAACAAGAGGAAGUUAGAGAUUUGGGAUUGGUGACCUUGAAUGCAGAAUGCUCAGCAAUGUUUCAGAGCAAGAUUCUAGUCAAACGACAUGACCCAGGGAGUUUUAUUAUACCUUGUUUGAUUGAGGAUAAAUUGAAAUUGCUAGCAUUAGCUGAUUUGGGAGCUAGCAUCAAUUUGAUGCCUAGCUCAUUGUUUGAGGAGUUAGGACUAAGCACUUCUAAGCUAACUCCUACUAGGAUCAGUAUACAACUAGCAGACAGAACUGUUAAGUACCCGAAAGGGAUUAUAGAGGAUGUGCUAGUUAAAGUUGACAAAUUUAUAUUUCCUGUGGAUUUUGUUGUCAUGGACAUGGAUGGUGAGAGUGAUGUUCUAUUGAUCCUAGGUAGACCAUUUUUAGCUAUAUCUAGAGCUUUGAUAGAUGUUAGUAGUGGAAAGCUGGAACUUAGGGUAGAUGAUGAGAGCAUUACGUUUGAUUUGACUAAAUCCUUGAGACAGCCAUAUGAGCACGAUGGUACUGUGUGUUCGAUUGAUGUUAUUGAUGAUAUUAUGGAGUCUCAAUUGUAG